AUCAAUUUGCGUGAGUGUCAAAUGAAUGCAACAGUGGGCAAACAAAGAAUAAAAAUAAAAAUGAUCACGUCAUUUCUUUUCGACCGAAAUAAAAUUGUUUCGCAUCUAAUUUUGGUGAGUCUAUUCUUAACAAUCGUCACUUCCGAAUACGUUUCACGUGAAGUGAUUUUAGCACCAGCGGUUCUUCCAAGUGGAAUUGAUGCUGUUGUCGGCGAGGACGUUAUGUUUAAAGUAGUAAAGCCAGUGGCUCAACAAAAUCAGUGCUAUUAUCAGCGAGUUGGUGGCGUUAAGGUUGAUGUAAAAAAGGAGAGUUCAGGUAGAAUCGUUGCAAUGGACGGAGAAGUGUGUGGGUUGCGUAUUAAAAAAGUUCAAAUCGAAGACCAUGGUCUAUGGAGAUUGACAUCGGAAUAUAAUGAUGGAGAAAAAAUGGUUGACGUUGCUAGGGGAAUUACGUUUAUAAAUGUUCGAAAUGAUGUUCCAAAUUCACCAAAUCAAGAUAUUGAUUCUACAGACGUUGAUAUUUCACCCGAGCAAACAACUUAUUGCUAUGUACUCCGACCGGGUGAAACAAAAACAGCAUUUCCGCAAUAUCAAAGUUGUGAAUUUCCAAAACUCAAUGACGAACUUGAAGGAAAUGGCAUUUGGAAUGUGGUGGCUGGUGUCAGAGGAAAAACACAAGAAAUAUCAUAUAAAAUAAACGUUCAAAAGAAAGUUGAAUCGCUUGAAAUUUUUGUCGAUCAAAAUACCGCAACUACAUUGAAUAUGAAAUGUAAAUUAAUGAACAAUCGCAGAAAAAUGAUGAAAUUUUGUCGAUUCUUACAAAUAAACGAUGAUGUUGGUUAUAAUUUGGAUGAAGGAAGAGGCGACGGACGAAUCAAGUAUUAUGGAAAUGGUUUUCAAAGCAGUGAAUGCGGCGUUUCCAUUGACAACCCCGGCGACAGUGAUAAAUCAGCUUGGAAAUGUUUCAUUGGUGUUGAAGAUGAUGGUGAAAUAAAGACAUUCGGUGCCAUUAUCGAUCCACAAACUAAAGCUCAAGCUACAAUUGAUAGCAGCGAUGUGUAUGGCUUGGAAAAUACCGAAAUAAAUAUUUUAUGUAAACGAUAUGCUCCAACUGAUUACUGUUGGUUUCGCGACCCAUCAGGUCAAAAAAUCUUAUUAUCCGACCUAAAAGCACCACAAUCAACUGACAAGUACAGAUACUAUGGAACCGGUAUCAAAAUGGGUGAAUGUGGUUUAACAAUUUUGAAUGCUAUUCACUCACAGACUGGUCGAUGGUCGUGCCAUAUGGGCUCGACCCAGAUAGCCGGAACUGAUCAAUUUUCGGAAAUCAGUGUCCGUGUAGCAGAAUCACCAUUUGUUUCGACAAACUUAUUCCAAGAUGCACAACAGGAUAGUCCAUUGUCUGUUGAGUGUCGCAGUAUACCCGAGCAUGUACCAGUAGAUUAUUGUCGAUUCGUUUUGCCCGAUGGUACGGGUUUUAGUAUAAAUGAGCAAGUAACUGCCAGCAAUCUUUAUAUGAAUAAUUACUACUUCAACCCAAAUCGAAAGAUGAAAUCUGGCUAUUGUUCGAUAAUUGUAAAGGAUGUAGAUCGUUUGAAACACCAAGGGCAGUGGCAGUGCGUUGCCCGUCUUACCGGCUAUUUGGAGGAAAGUUCCGACGAAUUUCGUGUCACCGUUUUCGAUUCGGAUAAUACGUUAGUUGCCGGUCUCACCGGAAUGAUUAUUGCAAUUAUUUUCGUAAUUUUCGGUGGUGCAUUCAUCAUUCGCCGAUAUCAUCGCCAAUCACAUGACACGCGUAGUGUAACGGAUUCAAUUAAUAUCAACGAACCUGACAAUAUUUCACUAAGAACUAUUCACUCGAAUAAUACUCAAUCCGAUAACUUGAGUUCUAAUUCCGCGUAGAAAUUGAUGGAAUUUUAACAGACAAAAAAGGAAUUUCUUUGUUUUUUUUUACUUUAUUUUUUGCUUAAAUUCAAAUUUUUAUAUUACAAAAAAAGGUAAAUAAAAUAUUUCUGUGCU